AGUGAUCAAAAAGAUGGUGAUGGCAACUAAUAUGGGCAGAAUUGCCCUUCGUGCAGGCCGAUCAAAUAUCGGCAACCCUUCAAAGAUGGUUAUGCAAAAUUCAAAAAUAGUGGCAAUCAAUUCUGUUAACCAACAACGCAAUUAUGCUUCUCCAAGUCAAGUCAAUCAAAUGGCAACACCUGUUGAUGUAAAGCCGGAAGCAAGAGCAGGAAGAGGAAGUAUGCAAAAAGUAGGCGGAAAGGAUGCUGUUGCAGACAUUCUGGAAUCAGUUCCAAGAGGUAGUACUGCCAAUCGACCAAUCUACCUUGACGCACAAUCUACCACUCCAGUCGAUCCUCGUGUAUUGGACGCAAUGAUGCCAUUCUUCACGAAUCAAUACGGUAAUCCUCACUCUCGCACACACGCUUAUGGUUGGGAAAGUGAAGCUGCAGUUGAAGAAGCUCGUGAACAUGUGGCAAAAUUGAUCGGUGCAGAUGCAAAGGAAAUCAUUUUCACUUCCGGCGCCACAGAGAGUAACAAUAUGAGUUUGAAGGGUGUGGCGAGAUUCUACAAGCAAAAGAAGAAGCACAUCAUUACCACCCAAACAGAACACAAGUGUGUCUUGGACAGUGCACGUAAAUUACAGGAUGAAGGAUUCGAGGUGACUUAUUUGCCCGUGCAAACCAAUGGAUUGAUUCGCAUGGAGGAUUUGGAAGCUGCUCUACGACCUGACACAAGCGUUGUCAGUAUCAUGGCAGUGAACAAUGAAAUCGGUGUCGUUCAACCGAUUGCCGAGAUUGGACACUUGCUCAAAACAAAGGGUGCCCAAUUGGCAAAGGAGGGCGGAUUGAGUGGAAAGCCUCUUUUCCACACUGAUGGUGCUCAAGCUGCAGGAAAGAUUGAGUUAGAUGUCGAUAAGAUGGGUAUCGAUUUGAUGAGUUUGUCUAGUCACAAAAUUUACGGACCAAAAGGUAUUGGUGCUUGCUAUGUUCGUCGUCGUCCUCGUGUUCGUAUGGACCCUAUCAUCUCUGGAGGUGGACAAGAGCGUGGAUUGAGAAGUGGUACACUCGCACCACCUCUAGUUGUUGGAUUCGGAGAAGCAGCAAGAUUGGCAUACCAAGAGCGUGAGUAUGAUUAUCAACAUGUGAGCGCAUUGGCACAAAGACUACGUGAUCGAAUUCUUGCCGAGAUCGAAUGUGUGUUGGUCAACGGCGAUCCAACCGGAUACCCUGGUUGCACCAACUUGUCAUUCCAAUACGUUGAGGGAGAAUCGCUUUUGAUGGCUCUUAAGGACAUUUGCUUGAGUUCGGGUUCAGCAUGCACAAGUGCAAGUUUGGAACCUUCCUACGUCUUGCGUGCUUUGGGAUUGGAUGAUGAAAAUGCACAUUCGAGUUUGCGAUUCGGUAUCGGUCGUUUCACAACAGAAGAAGAAAUUGACUAUGUAAGCGAAAAGAUUAUCAAAGUUGUCACAAGAUUACGUGAAUUGAGUCCACUUUGGGAAAUGGUUCAAGAUGGUAUCGAUUUGAAGACGAUUGAAUGGUCAGGUUAAUCAUUUCUCUCGUGUCUUUAUAUCUCAUUUCUUUUGUCUCAUUAUGUACAUUACAGCUGCUGUCUUAAUCUUGAUUUCAUUCUGAAUCA